AUGGCCCUUAAAGGCACAGGAGCUUUGGGUCAAGUGUCACUUGGCAACCUAACUUGUCGGGGAAAUUGCUGGUUUGCUGCUCAGGGGAGGGCCUUCCCUAUUGGAUUCGAGAGGGGGCGGGGCCAAGGCAUACCCGUCUCUGCCUGGCCCCGCCCUCUUACGAGGAAGCUUUCCCGCGGUUUGGCCAAGGCGGCCAUGGGCUCCGGCGGCCCGGAAGCGGGGAUCGACCUCUACCGAGACACGUGGGUGCGCUACCUGGGUUACGCCAACGAGGUCGGGGAGUCCUUCCGGGCCAUCGUCCCAGUGUCCUUGGUCUGGGCCAGUUAUGGGGUGGCCACGGCGUACGUCACUGCAGAUGCUUUCGACAAGGGCAAGAAGGCCGCCGCCCUGCAGGCCCGGCAGGGGGGCGGCGCAGCCAAGGAGGCCACGGUGGCGGUGGUGGACACCUUCAUCUGGCAGGCGCUGGCCUCGGUCAUCAUCCCCGGCUUCACCAUCAACCGCAUCUGUGCUGCCUCCCUCUACCUCUUGGGCUCCCGGACCCGGUGGCCCCUGCCCGUCCGCAAGUGGACCACCACUGCCCUGGGCCUCUCUGCCAUCCCCUUCAUCAUCAAGCCCAUCGACAGGUCGGUGGAUUUCUUGAUGGACUCCAGCCUUCGGAAACUCUACAAAAGGGAUGAGAAGCCCCCGACUUCCUUCUAAGGAUCACCAAGACCCAUUAAGCGGGAGCCAAAGGACUGUCUGGCUUCAAUAGGGCAUUAAUUUAUUAUUGUAUCGGGGGGCAAGGGUCCGAUCAUUGCCCGCUGUGUUCGGCAGGGAAGAGAAAAAAAUGUGAAAUUCGAUGUGCAAUAAAUAAAACAAACCCCUUUCCUAGGGGCCAUGACAACCUUC